UUCGAUGUAAAUAUGGCUCCGGCAAGGAACCUUGACAGUAGAUGGGUUCGUAGAUAUCGGGCAUUUUUCAUUGUAGGUAGUGUAAUAUUGAGUAUCCAAGUCUUCCUAGCUUACAGAUUCUUUCCAAUUGACGCUGAAGGAGAUGAGUCAGCUCAGGAGCAUCGAGACCUUUCAGGAAAAGGAUUAAAUUUAGAGGUUGUAAAUGAGGAUCUGAAUGGUGGAGUUUCAUCAAGAAGAUUUAAAGAAAAUUAUUUUGUAGUAGAUGAUGAAGACAGUCCAAGCAAUAGCAAUCCAGUGAAUGGGUUAUACAUCAGAAACAAAGUUCCUCCUGAUAAAUCAGACUCCAUGGUUAGGAGCAAUGGAGGUGCCAUAGUGAAAGUGCCUAAGUUUAAUAGUAAGGAUGGAGGAUCUCCUGGACUAAAUCGUACUAGUUUAAGAUUAGAAGAAUUAGAUUUUGUGCCUGCGUGUGAUAUAGUAGCUAAAGAAGCAAUAUCUGCAAUUCAUCGUGCCAAGACACAACUCUGCAAACAAAAACUGGCAAACAUUACGUGCCUUAUACAGCAAAGGCAGCUGUACCCCCAUCACCUUCCUAACUCAUGCCCAUCACCAGGUUUCACAGCAGGAAAGUCUUUAGGUUGCUACCGAGAUGAAAAAAAAUUUCGUUUGCUUUCUGGGUAUUAUGCAAACCUCAAAACCACAAACUCACCAAAACACUGCAUCAACAUGUGCCUUCAGUCUGGAUUCCCUUAUGCUGGUGUGCAAUACUCAACUGAAUGUUUCUGUGGAAAUGAGGAGCCUCCGUCCGCAUCUCGCCGCCCUGACUCAUCUUGUAACAUGAAGUGCCCAGCUGACCCUAAAGAAGCUUGUGGAGGUUACUUCACUAUCAAUGUCUUUGAAACAGGCAUAGCAAAAUUUACACCUCAAGUGCCAAGAGAAGUUGCAGAAUCUGGAGAACCUCCAGUGAAAAUUGCCUUUCUUUUGACUCUCAACGGACGAGCACUGCGUCAGGUGCGACGGCUCAUAAAAGUCUUAUUCCAUAGGGACCAUUUCUUCUACAUUCAUGUUGAUGCUAGACAAGAUUAUUUGUACCGUGAGUUAUUGGUUCUUGAACGCAGCCUUCCAAAUGUUCGUCUUGCUCGACAUCGCUAUGCUACCAUCUGGGGAGGAGCAUCACUCUUGCAAAUGUUGCUGACGUCUAUGAACGAGUUACUUAAGUUAGGAUGGGAAUGGGAUUUUGUCAUUAAUCUUAGCGAGUCUGAUUUUCCAGUUAAGACCAAUAAUCAAUUAGUGGAUUUCCUAACAGCAAACAAAGGGCAGAACUUUGUAAAGUCACAUGGGCGAGAAGUACAACGCUUCAUACAGAAACAGGGAUUAGAUAAAACGUUUGUUGAAUGUGAUGCCCAUAUGUGGCGGACUGGUGAUCGACGUUUGCCUUGGGGUAUCCAGAUGGAUGGUGGCAGUGACUGGGUGGCCCUCUCUAGACCAUUUGUUGGUUAUGUUGCAACUGCUGUUCAAGAUGUGCAUAUUCAAAAGGAUCCUUUAGUAGAGGGCCUGAACACAGUAUUUAAACAUACUUUAUUGCCUGCUGAAUCCUUCUUCCAUACUGCAUUAAGAAACUCUUAUUUCUGUGAUACAUAUAUAGACAACAAUCUUCAUGUAACGAACUGGAAGCGCCGUUUGGGUUGCAAAUGUCAAUAUAAGCAUGUAGUGGACUGGUGCGGAUGCAGUCCGAAUGACUUUAAGCCAGAGGAUUGGCCACGUUUACAGGGCACUGAGAAUCGUCAGUUGUUCUUUGCACGUAAAUUUGAACCAGUCAUUAAUCAAGCCAUAAUAGAUCAAGUGGAAGAAUGGCUAUAUGGACCGUACCCUUCUAAUGUAGCAAACCUACAGAGCUACUGGCAGAGUGUGUACCACUGUGCAGAUUUGAGUCCACCACCUGAUGAUUCCCUUGUGACUCUAGCAGCCAGCUUGACUCGCUUGUCUUCGAAGGGUCUUGCACUUAGAGCUGAUGGAAAUAGUUGCUUUGUUCAUCCAGGCAAUGUCCUUGAAGUGACUUCAUAUCAUAAUAAUGACAACUAUAAGGGGUCAUUGUUACUGUAUGAAGCUGUAGUAAAUGGUGGUUCUAAGACAGUAAUAAUUGAAACAUGGGUGCAGCCACAACAUUAUAUGACAAUUUUGAAAGACACAGAACCUAGUAGAAGAUUAAAGACAUUUCUGGUUAGUUCAGAGUAUGACCAAAAGGAACAGAUGUCCCGCAAUUUCCUGCAUAAUCUUGGGCCCUUUUCAGAGCCCAUUCUGGUGUAUCAGUUAGGUGUUAACCCUCAACCAUCAACAUAUAAUGUUACAUUUUUAUGGGUGGAUCCAGCUGGUGAGCUGGUUGAAGUAUCUGAAGUACAUGUGGAGGAUGGACUUGUGGGUAAUUAUGUAAAACCGUUACUCCGUGAACCACUACUGCCAGGCAUAUGGACUGUGAAUAUGGUAUAUGAUGCUGCAGUUGUGGCUUUCACACACUUCCUAGUCACACCACUGCAAUUUGUAUCAGGAGCCAAUGUGUCUCAGCAACAGGCUGGGUUCCUACACAGUGGGCCUGGACAGCCUUAUCAAAUCCAUGAUGCUGCAGAUUGGAACAAACUGUUGGACAACAAAAUAGACAGAAGUGCCUUACAGAGGAAAGCUGUGGUCAACGCAAGAAGAUUUGGCCUUGAUCUGAAGGACUGGAUUGACAAUUUAAAUAUGAAGUUCUACAAAGUUCUGGACACUUGUGUCACAUCGUCAAGCAGACAUGUCCUCUUGGAAUGCGACAAGCUACACCUUAAAAUCUGUGAGAAUACUGCAUGGAGUUCUCUUGCUCCUGACUCAAAAUCUCAAAUUGGUAUGGUUAAUCUGACCACGGGACGACUGAACAGGUGGUAGAGCCGAACGUAUAUGUUAUGAAGGAGUGUUUUGGUUAAUCUUCAGAUCUAAUAUUUAUACUGUAAAAUGAUUAAUCUUUUUAAGAUCUAAUGGCAUAAUACCAAAUAUUGUUGUAAUAUGGAGAAGCAGAACUUUGACAGCAAAGCUUUACAUUUAAAAUACACAAUUUAUUUUAUACAAUUCAUAUUUUAGUCUAUAAAUUUGGAGGUGCCCAUCAUC